GGUCACUUUGCUUGGCCUGCAGACUUUUGGAGGAACACUGCACGAGGGUGGUUUAUUUUCAACUUCAAGGAAGACUAUCAGCGCUCCCCUCACACCUGUACUUCCGGAUCUGGGACAGUGCCUGGGCACGCAAACCCUUGACAAAUAUUUGUUGAAUACUGAGUAAGCUGCUUCCAUCAUGGGAGAGAUAGAGCAGAAGCCCACCCCAGCGUCACGUCUGGGGGCCCCAGAGAAUUCAGGUGUCAGCACCUUGGAACGAGGGCAGAAGCCGCCCACUCCUUCAGGAAAACUUAUGACCGUGAAAAUCCAGAUGCUGGAUGACACCCAGGAAGCCUUUGAAGUUCCGCAACGCGCUCCAGGGAAGGCACUGCUGGACGCCGUGUGCAGCCACCUCAACCUCGUGGAGGGCGACUACUUCGGCCUGGAGUUCCCGGACCACAAGAAAAUCAUGGUGUGGCUGGAUCUCCUGAAGCCCAUUGUGAAACAGAUUCGAAGGCCGAAGCAUGUCGUUGUUAAGUUUGUGGUGAAAUUCUUCCCGCCCGACCACACGCAGCUCCGAGAAGAGCUCACCAGGUACCUGUUCGCUCUGCAGGUGAAGCAGGACUUGGCUCAGGGCCGGCUGACGUGCAGCGACACCAGCGCUGCGCUCCUGAUCUCACACAUCGUACAGUCUGAGAUUGGGGACUUCGAUGACGCAUUGGACAGGGAACACCUAGCGAAAAAUAAGUAUGUGGCUCAGCAGGACACGCUGGAAGACAAGAUCAUGGAGUUCCACCACGGCCACCUUGGACAAACCCCGGCCGAGUCAGAUUUCCAGCUCCUGGAGGUGGCCCGCCGCCUGGACAUGUACGGGAUCCGGUUACACCCUGCCAAGGACAGGGAAGGCACCAAGAUCAACCUGGCUGUCGCCAACACAGGCAUUCUAGUGUUUCAGGGCUUCACGAAGAUCAACGCUUUUAACUGGGCCAAGGUGCGGAAGCUGAGCUUCAAGCGGAAGCGCUUUCUUAUCAAGCUCAGACCCGACGUGAACAGCUCCUACCAGGACACCUUGGAGUUCCUGAUGGCUGGUCGAGACUUCUGCAAGGCCUUCUGGAAAAUCUGCGUGGAGUAUCACGCCUUCUUCAGGCUUCUGGAAGAACCCAAGCCAAAGCCGAAGCCUGUUCUCUUCAGCCGAGGCUCCUCCUUCCGGUUCAGCGGUCGGACUCAGAAGCAAGUUCUUGACUACGUUAAAGAAGGAGGCCACAAGAAAGUGCAGUUUGAACGAAAACACAGCAAACUCCACUCUGUUAGAAGCUUUGCUGCACAGCCCACAGCCGAGACCUCAGAGGCACCAAAACAGUCUCCACAGAGCACCAGCCUUACGUUUGGAGAAGGUGCCGAGUCUCCCGGUGGCCAGAGCUGCAAGCAAGCAAAGGAAACAAAAGUUUCUGCCUUGGAGUCGGGGUCACAGCAAAGCCCUGCUCUCGCCAAGAACCCCCCAGGGGGCAAAGCUGCAGACGGGACCACCUUGGUGCCGCCCGAGGAAGAGGAAGAGGAGGAGGGUGGCAAGGAUGGCAUCCAGCCAAGCAAACCUCAGCCCCCGCAGCCGAGCACAGGCUCCCUGACUGGUAGCCCUCACCUUUCAGAGCUGUCCAUCACCUCGCAGGGAGGAGCUGCCCCGGCCCACGUGACCCUGUCUCCCAACCUGAGCCCUGACACCAAGCAGGCCUCUCCCCUGAUGAGCCCACUCCUCAACGAGCAAGCGUGCCCCCGAACGGACGACGAGGAAGACGGCCGGCGAAAGAGAUUCCCAGCCGACAAGGCAUACUUCAUUGCUAAGGAGGUCUCCACCACUGAGCGGACAUACCUGAAGGAUCUUGAAGUCAUUGCCUCGUGGUUUCAGAGCACGGUCAGCAAAGAGGACUCCAUGCCCGACGCUUUGAAAAGCCUCAUUUUUCCAAAUUUUGAACCGUUGCACAAGUUUCACACCAAUUUUCUCAAGGAAAUUGAGCAACGCCUGGCCCUGUGGGAAGGCCGCUCAAAUGCCCACGUCAGAGGAGACCACCAAAGAAUCGGGGACGUCAUGCUGAGGAACAUUCAGGGCAUGAAGCACCUGGCGGCUCACCUGUGGAAGCACAGCGAGGCCCUGGAGGCCCUGGAGACAGCCAUUCGGGGCUCGCGGCGGCUGGAGCACUUCUGCCGGGACUUCGAGCUGCAGAAGGUGUGUUACCUGCCUCUCAACAGCUUCCUCCUGCGCCCGCUGCAGCGGCUCAUGCACUACAAGCAGGUCCUGGAGCGGCUCUGCAAGCACCACGCGCCCAGCCACGCCGACUUCAGGGACUGCCGGGCCGCGCUGGCGGAGAUCACGGAGAUGGUGGCGCAGCUCCACGGCACCAUGCUCAAGAUGGAGAACUUCCAGAAGCUACACGAGCUCAAGAAGGACUUGAUUGGCGUCGACAAUCUCGUGGCCCCGGGACGGGAGUUCAUCCGCCUGGGCAGUCUCAGCAAGCUCUCGGGGAAGGGGCUGCAGCAGCGCAUGUUCUUCCUGUUCAACGACGUCCUGCUGUACACCGGCCGGGGGCUGACGGCGUCUAACCAGUUCAAGGUCCACGGCCAGCUACCGCUCCAUGGUAUGACGAUUGAGGAGAGUGAGGAAGAGUGGGGCGUGCCACACUGCCUGACCCUUCGAGGCCAGCGGCAGUCCAUUGUGGUGGCCGCCAGCUCCCACUCAGAAAAGGAGAAGUGGAUGGAGGACAUCCAGAUGGCAAUUGACCUGGCGGAGAAGAGCAACGGGCCCACCCCCGAGCUCCUUGCCAGCAGCCCCCCGGACAGCAAGUUCCCAGACGAAGCCGCAGCAGCCGACCAGGAGUCAGAGGACGACCUGAGCGCCUCCCGGACCUCACUGGAGCGCCAGGCCCCUCACCGCGGCAACACAAUGGUACAUGUGUGCUGGCACCGCAACACCAGCGUCUCCAUGGUGGACUUCAGCAUCGCCGUGGAGAACCAGCUGUCCGGGAACCUGCUGCGGAAGUUCAAGAACAGCAACGGGUGGCAGAGGCUGUGGGUGGUGUUCACCAACUUCUGCCUGUUCUUCUACAAGUCCCACCAGGACAAUCACCCCCUCGCCAGCCUGCCGCUGCUGGGCUACUCACUCACCAUUCCCUCGGAGUCUGAGAACAUUCACAAGGACUACGUGUUCAAGCUGCUCUUCAAGUCCCACGUCUAUUACUUCAGGGCUGAGAGUGAAUACACAUUUGAAAGGUGGAUGGAAGUAAUCCGGAGUGCCACCAGCUCAGCCUCUCGGGCCCACAUUUUGAGUCACAAAGAAUCUCACCUGUACUGAUGCUGGACACUUGGCUGCUCCAGCCAUGGCUGCUCCCUCGGAGGAUGUAACGCAGCCCAUCACACCUGCCCGAACACGGACACCUGCGGAGGGUCCCCCACCUUCCUCCAGGCCUCAUCUCUCCUUGGAGCAGCCUUUCCUCUGCAGGCCUGGGGAGCAGGGGCUCUAGCUCGUGCCAGUACUGAGACAUUGUCAUCAAGAAAGCGUGCCAAAGGACAGUCUGCCCUGCAGGCCCCAGGGCUGGUCCUAUCCUUCACCUGAGGACACAGCCAGCGUGCCUCCUAGGGAGGGGCUGUCCCUUCACCUGCAGACUGCUCUUCAAACGGUUUUUCCAGAGCUCACAACACAUGGCGCCGUCUUAAGCAAAUGAGAUCAUUUUUGGAUUUCAUCUUUUCCUAUCUUUCUACUUUUAUAAUAAUAGGACAUUCAUAGGACUCACUUUCCUCGACUAAUAAGCAGCUUGUGGCACACUCCAGUCCACUCAAAGGGUUUGGCUCCAGCGAGGCCCUGGUUGCCACACUUUCUCGGUGGAAGUUGACCAAAUUGUUGGCGAUUUCUAUUUACGAACUGUAGUGGGGUUUUCUGCUGAGGAGCAGAGGCCCAGCGCAAGGCCUGGUGUCACUGUCCGUGCGUGGUGUGUGCAGUGGGGGCUCGUAGGCCCUGUGUGCUGUCUGUUUCACAAGCAUGAGAAGCCGUCUGUGGUUGACCCGGGGCCAUUUGUGCUGUUACGUCAUGGGUCGUCGCCUGAGCUGGGACAAGCGCUGUGCUGUACGGUAAUGGUACGGAGCUCAGCCUGGGGUUGGACCCAGUUCCCCCAGUGCCACGGUCUGAUGUGAACCUACACACUCUCUAGUUGUAUCUAUCCUGCCCGUCAAGUCCUUCCUUAUACUCACUCCUUCUGGGCACGGGGUACACAGGAUGGCUGCCCACAUCCUGGACAAGCUCCUCUGGAGACCUGGCUCCCAAACACUGGCUGAGCCUCCAGGGGAACAGGUUUGCUUGUUCUCCAGGUCUGGGUGGCUGCCAUUCCCUUCGCGCACAGCCCUCUCAGUGCCCUACACUGCAGUGAAGGACAUUCACCUGAGGCAGGCCUGCCAAUGCUGAGGGGCUGGUGUCCAACUCACAGAUGAAUGAGGAGGAGAUGUGUUAACCUUUGCCUUACAAUGUACCGGAUGGUUCUAAGCACUAACAAAAGGGAAUAAAAAUACCUCACGCCACAAUCCAGCACACGGAAGUCUGAAGGCAAAAACCA